GCCCGGAAUUAGCCGCCCAGGUCUGCGCCAUCAGAAAGAUAACAAUGGGCCUUGAGGAUCUCAGCGUAUCGGCCGGGAACUCGACGGCCGAGCGCGUCGUGGACGCUAAAACUGUAGCACCCGCAGCCUCCCUUUUUGCAUCGGCGGCGAUCGAGUCCGAGGCCGCCGCGCUGCGUCGCCGCACAUCAAUCCCCAGUACAUUCUCGUUCGGCGGCGUGGAUCAUGCAAUUCCGACUGCUGAUGUGGCACAGCGCCGCUGGCGCAGCUUCGACGCCGCCGUCUCCGACGACUCGGCCACGUCCUCGGCACUCGACCAGCUUACGCGUCGCAUUCAGCAGGAGUCCCAGCACGUGCUCAAGCGCAAGGCCCGCCUGUCCAAGCGCCGCGAACUCCUGCGCAGCGUGAAAUGUUUGCUCAGCUCUAGCCGUCGCGAUCAGGUGGCGCUACUACAGAUGCAGCUCGUGGCCGAGGUGGCCACGGGCAACCGCUCGCUGGCCGUGCUCAGCGACAUGCGGACGCUGCUCGCGCUGGAUGAGGCUGACGAUCUGGUCACAGGAUCGCAGCGCCAUCGAGGCAGCUUUGCCGCCAGCCAGACGUUACUAGACGGAAUCGAACAUUCAGAUCGCGCGCUGGCCGAGGAUUGGCUGAGACAGGUGCUACAGCUACAGGCCAGCUAUCUGGGCAAGCUCAUGGAGCUGCACGGCCAGAAGAACCUACAACCUAGUGGUCUGACGCUCCAGCAACUGCUAGAACAGGUGCACAAUGUGAUUUCUGCUAAAGACGAGCCCACAGCCGCACUGGUGCGCUUCGAGAAGCUAUUGAGCCGCCAGAAACUACUCAAACCCGAGCUUAAGAAGGCGCUGGACAAGCUCUGCUUAGACACCAUGCGGUCCUUCACACGCGCCAGUAGCCAGCCCGGACCAAAGACGGUUUUCGAUGACAGAGAGCCGCGCGACGUCAUGCAGUCGCUAGUGCAGGAGAUCGUGACUGCUGUGGCCACUGAGGCCAAGCUAGAGAACAAACAGCUCCCCGCGCUUCGUGUGUUUGUGGAGCACAUGGUGUUCAGCCGUCUCGCCUGCGCCUGCUACCGUGGCACCGCAGCCGACUUGGAUGAACUUAAUGGCGCGUGGCGUGAACACGCAGCCAAGAUGCGUGAACUGAGCCUCGAAGAAGUCAGUGUGCCGGUGCAAAUCCCCGAGGAGGCCAAGCAACAGGAAAUCUUCAGCGAGUCGAUCGCGGCGUUUAAUCAGAUCCCGCACCUGGUGCCGUCCAGUGUGCUGGCUUCCUUCAUGCGUGCUGUCUGCACACUGUAUCGCGAGGCCAAGGACGGACUUGAUCUGGACAGUAGCUGUAUCUCGGCCGACGUGCUCCUGCCUCUACUGGUGUACGUGCUGAGCCGUUGCGAGCUGCCGCACUUGCAUUCGCAAGUGUAUCUGAUGGAGCAGUACGCCAUCGAUGAAUCCCAGGAUGGUUCGGAGGCCGCUUAUUAUCUCGCGUGCCUACAAGCUGCCAUGGGCUACAUCAUGGGCAACUGCUCGUCCGACGAGUCGGAGAACCAGUGAGUGACGUGGAAAUUUAUCUGUAUGGUGCCUCAUAGUCGAAACGGCAACUUUUCCGUCGCAACAAGAAAUUAUUUAUCAUAUUAUGUAACAAUACAAGCGAGUUUUUAGC